UUUUGUUUUCGAAAAACGCACUUAAUUUCGGCUUUGGUUAAAGUUUUUGAUGCGUUCCAAAACGGUAACAAACGAUAACAACGUGCGGUAUGCUAUCCUCGGCGGGGAAAAAAGAUUAGAAUAGGAAUGUCGGAGUUAAACGGAUUGAAAUCGGUUCAGAUUGAAGUGAGAAAGGCGUCUGUCAAACAUGGGCAACAUAUUCGCAAACCUCUUUAAAGUCUUCGGUAAGAAAGAGAUGAGGAUCCUCAUGGUGGGCCUUGACGCCGCCGGAAAGACGACAAUUCUGUACAAGCUGAAGCUGGGGGAAAUUGUUACCACCAUCCCAACCAUCGGUUUUAAUGUUGAAACCGUGGAGUACAAGAAUAUAAGUUUCACAGUUUGGGACGUCGGCGGUCAAGAUAAGAUUCGACCGUUGUGGCGCCAUUAUUUCCAGAACACACAAGGUAAGGCUUUUUUUUCCACAGGUGAUGCUGUUCGUUUAAUCUGCGUGUGUUCACUUGACGGUGUUCGGUGCAGUCCGUAUAUUUUCAGGAGCCUGCUGCGGUGAUAUUAUAGGUUUUGGUUUGUAAAUGUCACAUUCGUACGGUCGCCCGACACCCUCUUGGAUCUUUAACCUAAUCUGUUUCUAGACAUCUAGACAGAAUCAAUCUGCAUGUCAGGAAAAUAUAGUUAUAUAAACAUUUCAUCAGAUUCUAUGUAAUCUGUUAACAUGGAGAAAGCGAGAUUAAUUGUUGUGACUGGCUGUAUGUAGAUGUGUUACUGGAAACACCGUUUUAAGGAGAAAGUGGAAGUAGCUUGGCGUGCUCUUGCUUAAACGGGAGCUUAUUCUGCAGUUACUUACAAAAAAAUGUAUUUGACAUUACAGUAACUUUUAUUAUUUUGUGUUACAAGAGAAACUACUGUGAUUGCCGUUUUAAUAUAAUUAGUAACGUGAUCUAAUCGAAUUAAUAAAUUACUUUCUAAACACUAAUCAUUAUCGUGUUCAAUUAGAAAAGUAUUGAAUAGAAAGCAAUUAGAAUUUGCGGUUCCUCUGGAAAGUUUAUAGUGUCUGACAGCCCUUUUCAUCUUUUAUGUUGAAUCCUUUUUGGGACACGGUUUCAUAGUAGUUCAUAUCUGACGCUGGCACCCUUUUUUUGUUAUUGUUUUGGUGUCUAAGAAUAUGUUUGUGUGGUUUGAGUUUAAUUGAAUCAAUAAAAUAUUUGAAUAUUAAUAAAUGAGUGCUGUC